AUGGCCAUCUGUCAACCCCUGAACUAUAUGUCCAUCAUGAGCCCACAGCUCUGUUUGCUUAUGAUUCUGGGGCCCUGGAUGAUCAGUGUCCUGGGCUCCCUGCCAGAGACCAUGACCAUCUUAAGGCUGUUCUUGUGCACAAACAGGGAAAUUCCUCACUUUUUCUGUGAUCUUCCUGAGGUUCCAAAGCUUGCCUGUUCUGACACCCUCAUCAAUAACGUAGUGGUGUACUCUGUGACCAUCAUCCUGGGUGUUUUCCCUCUCACUGGCAUCCUCCUCUAUUAUCAGAUUUUCUCCUCCAUCCUCAGAAUCUCAUCAGCUGAGGGGAAGUACAAAGCCUUGUCCACCUUUGGGUCUCACCUCCUGGUGGUCUCCUUGUUCUAUGGCACUGGCCUUGGGGUCUACCUCAGUUCUGCUGCUUCACCAUCCUCUACGAUGAGUCUGAUGGCCUCAGUGAUGUACACCGUGGUCAAUCCCAUGUUGAAUCCUUUCAUCUACAGUCUGAGGAACAGAGAUAUCAAGGUGGCUCUGGAGAGAGUCCUCAGCGAGGCGGUGCCUCUCAGUGAAAGUUUCUUUGCAUGA